CCCUUCCAGAGAGCUGGCGCGUUUUUCCAUCUAGUCCCGUCUCUUAGUUAGACUAGUAAGCAAACGACAGUUGAAGUGGUCAGAGAACCGAUCCCCUAAGCAACGGCUCUUUUCCGGAGUCGGGAAUGAGAGGGGAGAGCUGGGAUUGGCCAAUUUGUAGGGACGGGGCGGGCUUGGCUUUAUUCGGGCUUGGCUUCUGGACUGGCGCCUGUCCUGGGCUCGGAUUGGGCUGCGGGAUUGUCUACGUUACUGGGAGGCGUGGCCGACACUAAUAAAGAGUGAGGCCCGCGCGGCAGCUGCGGUACGUUCCACCGCAGCUAGAGCCCCGGGUGGUCAGGUGGAGGCGAAGCGCGGCACUUCCGUCGACUUCACCCGCAGCGGUCCCCCGGUCUGUAGUCUCGCCGCAGCCACGGGAGAAAAGACGGAGCCCUCCGCCGCCACAGAAAUGUCUGCUCCGGCUCAGCCGCCCACUGAAGGGGCAGAAGGGGCUGCCCCAGGUGGGGGCCCCCCUGGCCCUCCUCCUAAUACGACCAGUAACAGACGACUACAGCAAACCCAGGCACAAGUGGAGGAAGUGGUGGACAUCAUGCGUGUGAAUGUGGACAAGGUCCUGAAGAGGGAUGAGAUACUGUCACAGCUGGAUGACCGAGCUGACGCCUUGCAGGUGGGAGCAUCACAAUUUGAGAGUAGUGCUGCCAAGCUAAAGAGGAAGUAUUGGUGGAAAAACUGCAAGAUGAUGAUCAUGCUGGGAGCUAUCUGUGCCAUCAUCGUGGUAGUUAUUGUAAGUCCCCAGGCUGCGCGGCCUGUCCCGGGGGUGUGCCGAGAUGAGUCCUCAGCAAACACGCCCGUUCCCCAGCAGCCUCACGUACAGUUUCCUUAUGCCGAGUUCCACUGUGCUGACCAGACACAAUUUAGAAAUGGACGAAAAGAGACAUCUUCCCCCUGCAGUUGAGGGACUGAGGAGUUUGUAGGUAUCCUGAAAUGCCGGGUAGCUGUCUAAAGGGGCACAACCUUAAUUGCAGCUCAAGGGUACAUAGAGCAACUGGCGUGGCGCCCCAGGGCUGCCUCUGAGGGCCUUCGUUUGACACCUUGAACACUCUGUGAGUCGGCGGCA